AUGACACCACUUUUGAAUUGCGACGAUUUUAACAUUAACAACGGUGUUCCUGUAACUAUAAAUGUACCUGCUCCUACCAAUCCCAACCUACCAACACAGAUUGUCUUUUAUGGUAACAACUUCGUUUCUCCCUUUGGAGGUGCUAUAUUCCUACAAGAUAUUCUGCUCCAAGGAAAUCUAGAAUGCACCGAAAAAAAUCUAGAUGGUUUUCCGGUCUUGUAUCAAGGGAAUCAAGAAUUGGGGGAUGCAUCAUUGCAAGAGCCAGCACAUGCUGAGAGAUCGCAAGAUGUCUCUAAGCCGCUGAAAAACAAAAACUAA